ACAAAUAUUUGAUAGGAUUGCAGACAAUCUGUGUCAAAAUUGGCAUAAGUAAUUCUGUAAGUAGAAUUUUGACACAUUAAGCAUUUUACGACGUAAAUAAUAUUCAGUAUCGUAUUUCACAUAUGUUUUAUGUAUAAUUUAUUUCACAUACAUAUGCUAUUCGCUAGAGCGAAUAAAAAUGCGAUAAAAAUUUUAUCUCGAUGGAUGUUCGCGAGACAAGGAGCAACGAGACGAAAGAAUUCGAUACGAUGGAAGAAGGAAGAAAAACGAACUGGGAAGAAGGAGAGAGAAAAAAGCGGGCGGGAGAUAUUUAAUUGGUUUUCCGUGCCCGUGCGUGGGAUCUGGCGGGCCGAUGUACCCGGGCGUACUGAAGGAGGCGCCAUCAUCAACGAGCCCAGUUUAUGAGGUUACUGUCAUUGUCAUCGGUGUCGCAGACGUAGCGACGUAGGUUCUCGUUACGAGCCGUCAUCCGUCACCGCGUCCUCCUCGGUCGGCGAUGAUGGAGCGUGCUUACUCGCUGCUGCUGCAUCGCCGCAUAUGAUUCAUAGGGCUCGUGGGCCCUCUCGAGGAGACUUCUGCCUUCAGGAUUAGAAGAUAGAUCAGAAUUUAUACCUGGAGAUGUUGGAAGUUGGUUUGCGUGUCGUCCGUGGUCAAGAUUGGAAAUGGGACGAUCAGGAUGGCGGCGAAGGUCACGCCGGAACGAUAGUGGAAAUCGGGAAGCCACCUUCCAUGGUAGGAAGCUCGGCCUCUAGUCCGAAUCCCACCGAUCGAACACCGGACAAGACGGUCAUUAUUCAAUGGGACCAUGGUGCCAGGAGUAAUUACAGGAUCGGUUACCAAGGAGCUUACGAUCUGUUGAUGUUCGAUAACGCGGCUGCCGGAGUCAAGCAUUCCAACAUUAUCUGCGAUGGUUGCAAGAGGCACGGGAUAAUUGGUAUCAGGUGGAAGUGUUCCCAGUGCUUCGAUUAUGAUCUCUGCACUCAGUGCUAUAUGGCUGAUGUGCACGAGUUGACUCAUACAUUUCAGAGAUUUCAAACAGCCAAUUCUGUGGGGAUCCAACUAGGGCCGAGGGAAGGAUGCACCAAAAUAUCUUUAAAGGGAAUUUUUAUAGGAGCGAAAGUCAUUCGCGGACCGGAUUGGGAGUGGGGGGAUCAGGAUGGCGGCCGUGGAAAGACUGGCAGAGUCAUGGAUAUACGCGGUUGGGAUAAUGAGAGCAGUCGUUCUGUCGCGACCGUCACAUGGUCCACGGGUAGCACCAAUGUUUAUCGAUUAGGUUACAAAGGUUGCGUGGAUUUAUGUUACGUGGAGGAGGCUACUGCUGGUACCUAUUACAAGGAGCACCUUCCGUUGCUCGGCCAACCGGUCUUAACUAUACCAGACAACGGAAAUAGUUCGACAUCUACAAAAAGCGGUGUCUCCAGCUCGUCUAGUCCACACCAUUUAACGUUUAAUGUUGGUGACAAAGUGAAAGUACUAAUUGAGGUCGAUAUAUUAAAGGAAAUGCAAGACGGUCAUGGUGGUUGGAAUCCGCGUAUGGCUGAAUACAUAGGAAAGAUUGGCACGGUGCAUCGAAUUACAGACAAAGGAGAUAUUCGCGUGCAAUACGAAGGCUGCAACAAUAGAUGGACUUUCCAUCCGGGCGCUUUAACGAAAGUCCCCGCUAAGGGUGCGUUCUCUCUCGGUGACAUUGUACGUGUAAAGAGCGAUUUAGCCGCCGUCAAACAGUAUCAAAUUGGUCACGGUGAAUGGACAGAUAUUAUGAAAAAUGCCCUAGGAAAGACUGGGAAGAUAAUCAAAAUAUACCCGGACGGUGACUUACGUGUGGCACUAGACGGUCCUACGUGGACAUUUAAUCCGCUAAGUGUCGUUCCUGUACCUUCUGGCACGAAUGUUAUGACUGCUGCACACGAUAACGCGAAUAGGUUUAAAGAUCGUUCAGUUGAAGGUACUGAUAGCGAAGUGGAGAAACUGUUGAGAGAUGCGGCUAAGGGCGAGGCCGGCGUAGCUUCAGUGCGAGAGUUUCUCAAAAAGUACCCUGGCAAAGUGGACGCGCGCGCUCCCGGCGGUGGCAGGAAAACAUGUCUGCAAGUGGCCGCGCAUCAGGGUCAGCGCGAACUUUGCAAUCUUCUUUUGGACGCCGGCGCCUCUCUACGUGCGAUUGACGAGGACGGUGAUACGCCUUUACAUUACGCAGCAUUUGGCAAUCAGCCGGAGAUAAUGGAACUGUUGUUAUCACGAGGCGCGGCUAUCAAUGCCGUCAACAAUGGUAGAUGCAGCGCGCUACAUGUAGCGGUUAACAAACAACACGCGCAAUGCGUGAGAGUGCUCUUGCGUCAUCAUUGCGAUGUCAAUCUGCAAGACUCAUAUGCUGAUACGGCGUUGCACGAUGCAAUCGGAAAGGAUGCCCUAGACGUGAUCGACGCGUUAUGUGCUUGUGAAAGAGUAGACUUCACUCUUCGAAACAAACGGGGCUUCAACGUUCUACAUCAUGCUGCGCUCAAAGGCAAUGCUCAUGCAACAGAGAGGCUAGUCGCUCGCGCACGUAAUUUAGUGGACACGAAGAAGGAGGAUGGAUUUGCAGCGUUGCAUUUGGCGGCGUUGAAUGGACACAGAGAGGUCGCGGCUAUUCUCCUCUCGCAGAAUGGCGGCCGCGCCAAGGUCGAUCUACGCAACAAACGACGACAAACUCCGUUGCACUUGGCUACCUCGCAGGGACACUGGUCAAUUGUCGAACUGCUGGUGCAUACUGGUGCGGAUGUCGGCAGCGCUGACGAGGAUGGUGACACCGUGCUGCACAUUGCAAUAGCAAAGAGCCCGAAUCAACAAACUGCCGUGCCCUCGCCGGAGAGUAGCCGGGAUUCGCCGCUUAUAUACGCGAUUUGGCAGAAUUUGGCGAGGCAAAGCGCAAAGUCUGAAUUAGCACUAGCUUGUUUUCUUGUAAGUAUGGACAGAAGCUGUAAACUCCUCGAACAAGUCAAAAACAACAAGGACAAGACGCCGCUCGAUCUUUUGGAAGGCAAUCCGGAAGCCGCUCUGCUCAUCGAUCUUCUACGAUCCUACAAAUACCAAAGUCAUAGCACGCAAUUAGAAAUAGAGAAUAAUCCACCGAAUAAUUACGUAGAACCAUCUACGUAUCGGAUAGAUAAUACGUCACAAUUGGAAGAAUUGCGUGGCGCUAGAAAAAGUAUAUCCGGUUCCGGCGACGCUGCGGAAUGUCGGGAUUGCUCAGGUAUCGUAACGGGUACAAAGCAAGAGAGCCGACUCGAUCCCAGUAGUAGCGUCACACUUGGUUGUGCACGUUGCGGUCAUACCAUCGUCAAAACGCAAAUGAUUCAAGAUGGUCAGCUGGCAACAGGUGAGGUAUCAAUAGCUAAUUCGGAAGAGAAAUCAAAAAAUGUUUCGUCGGAAGGGAAACAGAAGGAAGAGAUCAGCGAUAGGGAAAGGGAAAAGGAAAAAGAUAAAGACUUGGAGCGAUUACGUUAUCUGGAAACUAGAGUCGCGGAUCUCGAGGAGGCGAACAUGUGCAGCAUCUGUAUGGAACGUCGUCGUAAUGUCGCUUUCCUUUGCGGUCACGGUGCCUGCGAACAUUGCGCCGCCCCGUUAAAGACCUGUCACAUGUGUCGCAAGACGAUCACAAAGAAGAUUAAUCUGUAUUAAAUAAAUUCAACGACCAAACGUUUAUAUACCGGAGAAUAAUAACGUUCGAUUUUUCGAAAGGUAUACAAUGUAUGUUCCGGGAGGAAGCAUCGAUACUUGGACCGGUAAUAAUUGUAAUAAUAAUUAUCGUGAAUAAGAUGGUUGUGAUAAACAUAUGUCUGACUUUAAACUAUUUGGCCGCUACACGCAACUCGAGGAAGGAGGCAUUCAGAAAAGAAGGUAGACAUAGAAAUUUUUUUCUAACAUGUAAAAAAUUCUGUGACCUUCUUUUCCGAAUGUUUUCUGUAGUAAAAUUUAGAUUUCUGUGACUACCUUCCAUAAAUACUAGAGAAAGAAAUCAGAGAAUUUUUUAAAAAGAUUAGAGUAGACACCCUGUUACUGUGAUCGAUGCUAUUACCUUCCAAGAUAUCGCGUAUCCAAAUGAUAUCAUUUUAAGGUAUUGUAUAUAUAAAUUUGUUCAAAUAAUGCAAAGAAAUGAUGAAUUUUGUCGACUGUGGUAUGUUGUAGCGUAAAAAAAUGUUCUUCAGUUGAUCGUAGCGAUGCGUGUGCAUUACGUUUCGUAUGCUGAAAAAAAGUUAAACUGCCAAAACACAUUUCUUUUCCGUAACAAUUCCAGCGUAAAAAAGCGAGUUUCAUUAUAUCGCGCCAACAUUGUGUCAAAUGAAGAAAGGCUUACGCGCAUCACGAGAUCCGCGUUCGCUCGGACACGAUAGCUUGAUUUUACGUUACCUUUUGUUGAUCUUUUUUCAGAGAUUAAUUAAGUAGAUUAAUUAAUAUAUUGAAGAUAUCUCAUAUCUCGGCAAACGACCGCGACAUAAAAUUGUUGUACGCUUUCCUUCCUCAUGAAUCGGCAUAUUGCCUAUACUUUAUCCCGUCCAUUUUUUAAUAUGUCCAUGUUUAAAGAGAGCGCGCGAUUAACGAGUACGAGAAAACGAGCUCUUCUCGAAUUUAGCUGAUGGAAAACAUCGUCGUUUUUUACGCGAUAAGAAUCAUAGAAAUUUGUAGAAAUAUUUGUGUAUAUAUCGCCACAUUAUUGCGAAAGGAUACCGUUUUAUAAAAGUACUCCAAGAUUUUCAGAUUGUGCGAGCUUUUGCUGUUUCACGCGCAAUAGAUGAGAAGAGAGGGGAAGCACAUUUAGAUCUAUUUAAUCUUAAAAUAUCGGAAAAGAUUUUGUGUUACUUCUUCCUCACUACAUAUGACAUAUUGUUCAAAUCUUGCGAAUCUCCUCCGAUGUUGCAAUGUGUACCCCCUUUCUCCUUUAUCGCAUCUUGCGUAUCGUUCGAUGAAUCUUUUUGGUAAAUAAGAUACAUUCAAAGAAGAUCCCUAGCCAAAUUUUUUAGAUAGAAUAAUUAUAUAUAAUUCUUAUUUGUAUAAAGUAUGCGACAAUGCAUGGAACCAAUUAAUUUUAAGCGCGCUUCCUCGAGCGAGAAGUCCUCCAAUUACGGAGAAAUAAAUCAAUUAAUUUUGAGCGGUUUUUUUUUCGUCUAUCAGUAUUAGAUAUCUUGCCUUUCUAUUCGACACAACGAAAAACUCGAACUCGAGGCGCAUAGUAAAUUCUAUUUAAUACGAAUAAGGUGUAAAGAUGUAUCACUAUAUAUCGGAACUGAGAUAAUCAAUCAAUUUUUUUAUAUCAGCUAACGUAAUUUCUACAUUAGUGAUCAAAGAAUUGAGAGGGAUUUUUUUUAUGAAUCAUGGUACUGGGGGAGAACAGGGUAACGCAUCGCGAAUUUUAUAUUCGUGACGAGAAAGGUACAAUUUUGCAAUAGUGUUGCAAUCUUUUGUCAAAAUGAUAUUAGCUUUCUUCUUUUUCUCUUUUCUUUUCUCCUUCUUUUUUUAUAAUAAUAGCUGUAUUGUCAUAUUUAGAUAUGUGCGGCGUAUAUACUACACAAAAAAUGUUAUAUUACGAUAGAAUAAUUUUUAAGCGAUAGAUUUCUACGCGAUUGUAAUUUACGACAUAUUUAAAUAAACAAAUUUACGAUAGAUAAACUUUAAUUUAAUUCUAUCAUAUUCCAUCCGUGUUUCUUUAAGCUUUAUGUUUCGCGUUGAAUAAAAAAAGUGAAAAAAUGUCCGUCAACUUUUUCACACCGUCGACUAAUUCUAUAGUUGAUGAAAAUAGAAAACAUAUAUAU